UCGGCCUUCAGCUUCCACACACCCUUCCUAACCUAAUCAUUCUUCCUCCUUGCAUACUAUUAUGCUGGAUCUGCAAUAUGCUGAUUUUAGGGUUUCUAAUUUAGGUUAAAACCCUAACCACCAAACUUCAAGAUUCAAGAUUUAGCCAAGAAGUGUCUUUAAAUGUUGGGUUCAUCAUCUUGUUCACAACAUCAUCAACAACAAAAUCAAGAACUUCAUUCACAAUCAGAUCUUUUCCAACCCCCACCACCACCUCCAACACUUACUGGACAGUUAUCGUUACCGUUACCGUUAUUGCUACCCUUACACUUACACCACCACCAGAUCCCACCAUCCAUCCACUUACGUCAACUACUCUUAACCUGUGCACACUCCAUUUCUCAAACUGACUUCACCACCGCCCAUGGUAUCACCACCAUCCUCUUAGCGAAUUCUUCGCCUUCCGGCGACUCAUCCGAAAGAUUAAUCCACUCUUUUACCAAAGCCCUAGCCCUCCGUCUCCGGCUCCACCUCCACCCCACACCCCCUCUUUCCAUUAAUAAUAAUUUUAAUAAUGAGUCGUGGAAACAACCUCUUGCAGAAAUACAGGAUAAAGAUGCGCAAGUCAGGCCCAAUAUGGCUCAAUACCCAUUGGACCAUGCGGAAGCCUCGUGCACCGGAUUUUCCUGUCAGAACAAUGAUGAAAUUCUACAAUCAUCAUAUUUUUCACUCAAUCAAAUAACCCCUUUCAUAAGAUUCAGUCACCUAACCGCAAAUCAAGCAAUCUUAGAAGCCAUUCAACAACAAUUUUCUCAAGAUAUUCACAUACUAGAUUUCGACAUCAUGCAUGGAUUCCAAUGGCCACCACUAAUGCAAGCCAUCGCCGACCGCCACCCGCCACUCACCCUCCGCAUCACCGCCACCGGAACCAACCUCAACCACCUCCGUCGAACCGGCGACCGUCUCUCUAAAUUCGCACACUCCCUCAACCUCACAUUCCAGUUCUUCCCACUUCUACUCCCUCACAACCACCACCACCACACCGUUGAUGAUGUCAUCCGCCACCUCUCCGCGGUCGUACACCUCCCUAACGAAACCCUAGCCGUCAACUGCAUCCACUACCUCCACCGCAUGUUAACAAACCGAGAUAAACUCUGCUUGUUGUUGAAAAAGAUAAAAUCCAUGAACCCUAAAGUUGUCACAUUAGCUGAAAAUGAAUCAAACCACAACCACCCGGUAUUUAUCUCAAGAUUUAAGGAGUCCUUGCACUAUUAUACCGCAGUUUUCGACUCGCUUGAAGCAACAUUGCCCCCAAACAGCCGGGAGCGGAUGGAGGUGGAACAGGUGUGGUUUGGGAGGGAGAUUGCAGACAUUGUCGCAGCGGAGGGUGAGGACCGGAGAGUGCGACAUGAGCGGUAUUUAUCGUGGGAAAUGAUCAUGAGGCUAGCCGGUUUUCGAAAUGUUGGGUUGAGUUCGUUUAAUGUUACACAAGCUAAACUGUUGUUGAGGCUACAUUAUCCUUGUGAAGGUUAUAAUCUUGAGGUUGUAAAUGAUUGUUUCUUUUUGGGUUGGCAGAAUCAACCCUUGUUUUCUGUUUCUUCUUGGCAUUAA